GUCUGCACUUUUAAUGGUCUCAUUGUACGUGAUGACCGCCUUGUCGAUUCCUUUUUCUAACUCCAUUUCGGAUCAAUGGGGCUCGCCAUCUCUCUAUUUUUUACGGCAUUAGAAUUCAUUGUUUGAGCUUUUAAAGUUUUCUUAACAAUGUAUUGAUGUGGCAGUUCUGCACGGAUCGAUAGCAGACGUAGAUCAUUAUGAAUUGUUUAAAUCAUCCGAUAUAUAUUUGAAACCUUUUCAGUAGGUUCUUGUUCCAAAGAAUGGGGUAUUUGUCGCAACAUUGUGUCAGUUUCUCUUUGAAUUCUGUCAAAAAUAUGAGCUGCUUAUAAUCUGACGAAGUGCACAUGCGUACCGAGACAGCCUCAGUCUUCUGCAAUAGUAGCUGUCAUUGAUUGGUGAUUAGAGAUUCGGACGAUAUGUCAGCACAUUAUGACUGGCAAGCCAAGAAAACGUUAGCUGAAUGUAACCGACACAUGCUGACCAGCGAGAUAGCCUUCGAUGUCCACUUUCUGGUGGGAGAGACACGUCAAGUUGUUGGAGCUCAUCGCUAUGUUCUCGUCAGUCGUAGCUGUGUGUUCUACGCCAUGCUAAUUGGACCCAUGGCAGCUAAGACAGACGAGAGAAUAGCCAUUCCAGACAUAGAAAGCGAUAUAUUUCAACAUAUGCUAGAGUACAUAUAUUGCGAGGAUACUAAAAUCGAGGCAAAGAACGCUAUACAGAUUUUGUAUGCAGCCCGAAAAUAUGGUUUAACGGGACUGGAAGAAAAAUGUAGACGUGUGUUAGAACAUGGAUUAAAUACACACAAUGUAUGUGAUAUUCUCCAAGAAGCCCACAAAUUUGAUGAAUCAACAUUGAAAAACAAAUGCUUAGAAUAUAUUUGGCAUCAACCGAAGGAAAUCUUACGUUCGGGUAGUUUCGGCAAUCUUCAUGCAUCUCUAGUCAAAGAAAUAAUCAAGUCCGAAAAACUCGACGCCAAGGAGGAAGUGGUGUUCGAUGCAGCUCUCCGGUGGUCUGAACAAGAGUGCUUAAGGAACGGUGUCAUCGUAUCACCGCAAAAUCAGCGUCGCUAUUUAGGGGGAAUUCUGUACUACAUCCGUGUUCCUGUUUUAGAAGCAAGUUAUUAUCAUAAAACCGUGGUUAAAUCUGAUAUUCUAUCGACAGAAGAAAGAAAGAUCUUGCACAACUAUUUCAGUGGAACUAAUACUGAUGUGAAGAAAUUUCGGACCGAUAAAAGGUCAAAGGGGGAGAAUCAGACCCUUCAUUGGCGGUUCGGUCCGGUAAACUGUAUGCAUAACGAGACUACCGCUAUUGCAUUUUCAUCUUCCAGAGAAGUGUUCGUAGAUGGCGUUGAGGUAGACGGAACCGGGUAUGACGAGGAACACUAUGACGUAUUCCUGAACAUUUACGAUAUGGACAAUCAAGAAAAAGCCAAAGCCAGAGAUAAACUUGUGAUAAAUAAAAAGCAGCAAUCGUAUCAAAUCAAGUUCCCCGCACCACCAAUAAUUUCUAAAGGUUUUACAUACACGGUUAUUCUCAAAAUACAAGCGGAACAUCGGUAUUAUGGAGCUAGUGGGCGCUCUAAUUUGAAUAAAACUGACUCCCAACCAGCUUAUAUAAACCCAGAAGGAGAAUUUACAAAACGUGUUGUUAAGAAGGACCAAGUUCCGGCAAUUCUUGUUCGCCCUAUUUCUUGAUAUUUCCUGAUCUUUUUUUCAAAAUUUCUUGAUAAGAAUAGUUUAAAGAAAACACGGAAGAUUUUCAGUCACGCAAUAUUGUUCUACACAACCAGUGCCAGAAAGGUGCACCCAUUUGCAAUCAGCACUUUAUCUGUUUUUUUUUUUUAAUUUGAUCUAUUUUAUUUUACCCAUGCGAGAAGUAAUAUCACUUUUAAAACAGUAUUUAUACUUUUAAAUAUAUAUUAUAUAUAUACAUGUACAAUGA